AAGGGCCGAGCGAGGCCGGGGGUGGGCGGGCAUUUGCGGUGGCUCGGGGGAGUGGGUCUUGCCCAGCUCGCUGCUGCUGCAGACUCGCUUGGCCACAUGGCAAGGCUGAAGGGCAAAAAGGCGGGCCGCUCUGCUGAUAGGCCCUUGCUGCAGGUUUCCCCCCUCUUGGAAAGACCAGGGUCUCUGGCAGGGACAGUUGCAUGCUGCUAUCUGUCAGGCCGUGUAGAUUCCACUGUCGUUUGCUGAUGUAUGCUUUGUAUUUUAUUUUACGGAUUGGAUUUUUGUUCCCCCCAUUAGCCAAAACGGCCCUUUCGUUUCUCUGGCCGAGCCAUUCAGAAACACUGCUUUCUUCCUGUGAAUUCUUGUGUCUUGCUGUUUCCUUGUUCCGCUUGACAUGGUCUAAUUUAUUGUUAGGCCAAGGUAGCCCAUUUCCAAGAAAGGACGUUCUAGUUGAGCUGGGCGUCACAUUGCACAAGGACACUGUUCUUGCUGUCGCCGCUGAGGACCUUCCCAAGGGCCGCUUGCAGCAGCCAGACCAGUCCCCGCCAUCCUCGCCAGAUGUUUUGGAGGAGUUUCUCACUCCCGACACAGAGUUUUUUUCCUGCUCCCCAGGUCUUCCCACAUGUUCGGAAGCAGAGAUACCAGCGGGUGACGAAGAAAGAAGAGAACAGGGAGACUUAGGAAUAUCUCAGGAGAUCAGUGGGCAGACAGAACAUCCCAUAGAGACAGGAGGAAACAGCCUCACCAGCGAUGCAAAGGGGGGACACCUCUGCAAGGCUGUGCCAGGAGAGGACCUGUGUACACCUGUGGCCAGCACCGGAACUGCGCCUGGUGUGAAAUCCGGGGAGCCUCAGGGAGCGAUCAAGGAGAGCGACAUCUCUCUGAUAGAUAUUCAGGACUUGUCCAGCAUCUCCUGCGACGACUCCUGCAAGCCAAGAGCUCGUGGAAGCCCCAGAAGCACGCUCUCGCCAGCGGAUGCCAGCACCCCCCGAAGCUCAGCAGAAGCGGCUUUUUCCUCCGCCCCUGUGAAAUGCAAGAUGGCCCCAGACACGACGUGCUUCUCUGCAGAGGAGGCCUCGCUUUUGGGGCUCAGCACCUUCUCUGCAACCUGGGCGCGAGGGAAGAUCCCAGAAGUCACCUCUCUCCCCCAGGAUCCGGCAGCAGGACGUUCGGAGCCUGGCGACUUCUUGGAUCUUGGUGCUUGGCUGCCCCGUGGGAGGGGUCAGCAAGGAACAGGGGAGCCAUCUCCUCCUCCUCCUCCUCCUCCUCCUCAGCAGAGCGAACUCCAGGAAGCCGUUCCAGGGCAAGCGGAUUCGGAAGAGCAAGAGCUGGAGGAAGUCGCCCUGAACAAGUGCCUGGCCGAUUGCAGCUUCUGGGGCAACGAGACCGUUUGUCUCCUAGAGGAGACGGAAAGGGCUCACUCAACACUUGACAACGUUUUGGAAGGAGUUCUCUGGCCUCUUGCCGACGGCUGCAACCUUCACAAAGAGCCACUGGACCCUGUCAAGAGGGAACCGACUCGCCUGCGCUACGGGAAUAUCGAGAUGAAGGGGGACGGAGGAGAGAGCUUCAGCGAAUCGGAAUGCUCCGCCGAGAACGCCGAAGGUCUGGACUCAUAAAAGACUCGCCGAACUGUU